CAAAUCUAACUUUGCCAACAAAACCCCUAUCUCAAAAUUCAGAGAGAAAAGAAAAGGAAAAAUCCCUAAUUUAGAGCAAUGGGUCUCCUCUCCUGGUUCAAAGGCAGCCCUAAGCCUGAAUCCAAAUCGUCUCCGAGCUCGAAACCCGAAUUAUCAGCUUCCGAGGUCCCCGGUAUGAAUGGCGCCAUACAAGUGCCCCGACCCGCGAAGAACGUGACCGUGUUUGAGUUUGGCUCCGUUACUGCUUCUGCCGAUAAGGUUACUCUGGCUGGGUACUGCCCCGUGUCUGAAGAGCUCGAGCCUUGCCGCUGGGAAAUUCUUCCUGCUAGUGAAGCCGAUGCGCCACAGUUCCGCGUGGUGUUUUAAUGAGAGAGUGAGGAACGAUUGACCGCAUGGGAGAAGUAGUGAAACCAAACUUGGAAAAAAAAAGGGAAAUUAGGGAAUCCUUUUUUAGUUGGAUUUUGAGAUUAUCUAUCAGUUGAAAAAUUGAUUUUGCUUAAUCUUCAAGAGAGUGAUGUAAUUUUGCUAGCAAUUGUUCUCAUCCCUAUAACCUGUUGGGUAUCAGAUUGUUGUGUUUAAAAUUGUUGUUGUUUUGUUUUUGGGAGUUCUAUGUGACAUCUCACUGGUGUUUGCUAUAAAGACUCGAGUUCUUCCA